AUGUCGACAUCGCCGAGAUUUCCAAAAUUGGCAGAGCCAUUGGAGGUUGGCAGUGUACUGUUGAAAAAUCGAGUCGUCAUGUCCAGUCUCACACGAAACCGCUCCCGUCCCACUAAUGUUCUAACGGAGGCUUCGGAGCUGUAUUACGAGCAGAGAUCGUGGUCACUCGGCCUGAUCUUGACAGAAGGCACGCUUGUCUAUCAGCAAGGGACCGAGUGGCCUUAUGCGCCAGGAAUCUGGAGUGAAGAGCAGACCCAGGCCUGGAAGCGAAUCGUCAACCGGGUUCAUGAUCGUGCCGGCAAGAUCUACUGCCAGCUGUGGUCUGUGGGACGUGUUGCGCAUCCGGACAUGCCAGAGCAAAUCGCCUCCAAAGAGCCCGUAUGGACAUCGUCCACUAUUAGUGCACGAGGUGGAAAGUUUCGCAAUCUUCCAGGCCGCCCCGGUUAUGUGGCUGGGAAGGCAGUUCCAGACCCGAGAGUCUUGGUGGAGCGUUUCGUGCAAGGUGCCAAGAAUGCGAAAGUUGCUGGCUUCGAUGGUGUGGAGAUUCAUGCUGCCAACGGCUAUCUCAUCACACAGUUCCUUGAUUCGACCGCAAACAAUCGCACUGACGAGUGGGGUGGGUCAGUCGAGAAUCGGUUGCGUUUCGCUUUGGAGGUCUUUGAUGGCAUUUCCCAAGUGUAUCCACCUGGGUGCAUCGGCAUCAAGCUGAAUCCCACGGGCGGCUACAACGAUGUGGGAAUGUCUUUGGAAGAUACGCUGGAGACGUACGGCGAACUGAUAAGAGCGUUGGUUGCUCGAGGAACUGGGUACAUUCAGCUGGUCCGAUAUCUCGACUUCUUCGAAAUGAUCGUUGAUGGCAAGAAAAGAUCUACCAACAUGGACGUUUGGGAAAAUUUCACGCCCUUGAUCCGCAACUCUAAUACACGCAUCCUUCUGAACGGGAACAUCACGCCCGAGGAGGCAGAACAACUGCUUGAGUCUGGUGUCGGAGACGCUGUCGUAAUCGGGCGUCCUCUGAUCAAUAAUCCCGACUACUACCAGCGCAUCCAGCGAGGAAUACCUUUGAGCCCGCUCAGCGCGACGGACCCGAAGACGUGGUAUGUCUCCAGCACAGAACCUGUCGCUAAGUACGGGAAUCUGCCAGACCCGCACAUCGGUAUGACUGAUUACCCGUUCUCUGUGGAAGUCUGA